AACUCUCCUGCGUUAAUUGUUUCUCCUCAACGCCGACCGCCGACUUGACUUGCUCAUUCCUCGAGAGAUUUGCCCAUCCAGUUCUCUUAGUACAUUCUUGAGCCUUCUUUCGCUGUGGGUUCAUAUAGCCUCCAUCAUGUCAAUAGGCACGGACUCUCAGUCAAGCUCCCGCGACCUCUCGUCGUCAAUCUCGUCACUCAACCAGUCGAGCAAGCGGACGUCAUCCGAAAUCUCCAAAAUCUACAAACAUGCCUCUCAACUAUUCCUGACCCGCCGGCUAUUAGAAGCAUACGAAGCCCUGCAGCCUGUUAUUACUCCUCCAAGCCAGAAGAGACCCGACGAAAGCCCAGCUCUGGCACCCAUUGCAACCGCGACCACCAGUCAGCGCAUCAAGAUCUGGAGCUUAUACGUUACAGUCUUAAACUCCAUUGUUGAUCUUGGCUACGAAGAAGGGAAACAGAUCUUUGGGUCUAGAGAAUACAAAGAAAUUGUCAGGCGCGUGCAACAUGGCGAAGUUUGGGAGCAGGUCGUCAAAGAUGGAUAUCAGGGUAGAGAGGGCUCGGUUGAUGCGGAGGUUGUCUACAACUUGUCAAAUCUUCUCCUUGGGCAAGCUCCAGACCAGAAGCUCAACCAAUCUCGUCUGGAGACUUACUUCUCGUCCUCCUCGCAACCGGACCUCGAUCUUUCAGCCCACCUCGAUCACGCCCUGAGCAAUGGCCAUCAACACUCAACGGGGUUGAACGGCGCCAACACCCCUAAAGACCUAACCUCGCGCAUCAAAGUCCUCGAAAUCUUCACGUUGCACAUUCUGCCCAGAAACGGUGAAUGGGAUUACGCGAAGAGUUUUAUUUCGAAUAGUGACAUUUUGGACGAGGAAAGACGGGAAGCGUUUAUGCAGACACUUCAAGAACUCCAAGAUGUUACGGAAAAGGAUUCCAGUCUUGAAGUUGCGGAUGAGGACGUCUUUGAGGAUACUGAGGAAGUGUUCUCAAAGCAAGAAGGGACUGCUGCCGCUGGUACCACUGAGGAAGUGGUUUCUCCGUCCCAGAAUGGCACCUCCAAACACCAACGGACCAGCAGUGAGGUCGACUACGGGAUCGAGCGGGCACAUCCAAACGGCGGUACCCAUGCAACUGCAAGCAAGGAUCAGACAUCAACAAUCGCAUCGUCGCCAAUGACCAGCCUACCUCCUCAACCAGUCCCAACAUCACGGUCUCCUCCACCGCCCGGUCCCUCGAGCUCCUCAAUACACGGCCGCACUCACUUCUCGCCUCCUGCGCAAACUCCCCGUCGUCCAGCCGCACGAAAGAAUUCCAAAAGCUCAUCACAAAACACACUAACAGCACAAGCCCGGCAGCUGUUCCUGGCUCUGUCCAAUCUAGUCCGUAAUCUCGCCACCACCCUUCAGAAGAAUCCUACGGCCAUGUUACGAUUCCUGCUUUUUGUUCUAGCGUUUGUGGUUGCAUUUUCUCAGAAGCAGAUUCGCGAGAAGACGCGAGAAGCGGCGAGGAGGGCAUGGGAGAAGCUGCGGAGGACUCUUGGGAUGGGGGUUAAGGUCAGUUAUAUCUGACGAGUGGAGCCCAAGAGCUGGAAGACUGGGAAGACUCGGGGAUAUAUGUAAUGGGAAAUGAAAGGAGAGAAACGCCGCAGGUCAAGGCCAUGAGACUUCAGCGGAUGGUGAGAUUGGGAUUUUGGGACAUUCUUCAAGGACGAAUCACCACAGUGGGUGGCGCAUCCUCCUCCUUUUCGUCGGUGGGCAUAUAGUUCAUUCCUCAUCGUGGGCAUAGGGUGUACAAUGCAUAUACAUGUGGCGGAUUCAAGGACGAACCGCCUGUUGAGCGCCUCUGUGGAUCGCUUGACCGGAAUCUGAAUGUGUUGAAAAGGAGAGGGAGAGGGACAAGGCUGAAUAUCGCCCUGCGACGGACCCUCAUUCUCCCCGUGCGGCUUUGCGAUGAGUGCGGGAUGUCACGAGGGAAAAAUAGACAUAUUCUCUUCCUCUCUCUCCGUUUUGUGCAGCAUCUUAUAUUGGACGGGGAUCUUCUAAACUUACAGGUUUAACAAUCAAAAAAGCAUUACCCCC